AUGGCACACGACGGCAGAUACGCGCCAUACCGCUCGUCCGGCUACGACGACCGCAUACUGACAGCACGGUUCAACUGGAUAUUACAAGCUUUAUUUAUUUAUGAUCUGAGCAUCAAGCUAAUUUCUGAUGGGCGAUGUGGAAAGACCAUGCACGAGAUGCUCCUCGAGGGCCCGCUGGCCACAGAAGACCCGAGUAUCCGGAAGAUCGAGACCACAGAAAAGGUCGCGACGACUACCGCCGCUCUUCCCCGCCACCUCGUGGUGGCCGACAAGCAGGCUACAGAGACCGCGAUCGCGAAGGAUAUCGCUCGCCAGAAUACGACAAUAGCCGCAGCAGAAGCCCCAGUCGCAGCCGGAGUCGAGGUCGAAACCGUGACCGCGAUCGUCAUCGUGGAAACGUUCAGGAAAGUCGAGAGGUUAUAA